AUGCAGCCCAAAGGUGGAGGAAAAAUAUUGAAGGUUUGUGGCGGACGGGAGAGUAAUCCUUUGAGCUCCUGGGGAGACAGAGAGAGAGGGAUGGACAUGUCGAACUCUUUGCUCUCGGAUUUGGCGCAUUUUGUGAGGAACCGAUGGGCUGAAGGACAUUUCCCAAUAAACGACGUUUGGUCAAGACUAUUUAAUGGCAAUAUCUGAGACAGAGCUGCCCAGCCUCAGGGAACAGAAAUGGUGCACAAACUUCUGCUGCUCAUCGCUUUAGCAGCAAGCCUCAUCUCACCUGAGCUGCCAGGUGCCUCAGCCACCAAAACAAAAGCUCAAGUGAAGAAUAACUCAGGUGUGACACCAGCUGGGCAGUGUGGGACCUGGGUGAAGGAGCCUGAUGGAGGAUUUUUCACCUCACCCAACUACCCUGAGAAAUACCCGCCAGAGAGGGAAUGUGUCUACAUUAUAGAAGCCUCCCCUCGACAGUGCAUCGACUUGUUCUUCGAUGAAAAGUAUUCCAUCGAGCCUUCCUGGGAGUGCAAGUUUGACCACAUUGAGGUCCGCGAUGGGCCCUUUGGUUUCUCGCCCAUCAUUGGUCGCUUCUGUGGGCAGGAAAGCCCAGCAUAUGUCCGCUCCAGUGGGAGGUACCUGUACAUCAAGUUUGUUGCUGAUGGUGAACUGGAGGCCAUUGGUUUCUCUGCCCGGUAUAACUUCACACAAGAUCCAGAGUUCCAAGGGCUUGGGGAACUGCCAGCUCUGCCAUUUUGUGAGUUUGAGCUGAGCGGUCCAGAAGGCUUUGUGGAGUCCACCCAGAUAAGUGGAGAGGGCAGGGCACUGCUGACUGAGGCUGUAGACUGCAGGUGGUACAUCAAGGCUCCACCAAGAAGUAGGAUCUACAUGCGUUUUCUGGAGUACGAGAUGCACAACUCAAAUGAGUGCAAGCGCAACUUUGUUGCUAUCUAUGAAGGCAGCAGUUCGGUUGAGCACCUGAAGAAUAAAUUCUGCUCCACGGUGGCCAACGAUGUCAUGCUGGUGUCCUCCGUGGGUGUUGUGAGACUGUGGGCAGACGAGGGAAGCAGAAAGAGCAAAUUUAGGAUCCUCUUCACAACCUUCCAUGAACCUCCAUGUGAAGGAGAAACUUUCUUUUGCCAUAGCAACAUGUGCAUCAACCACACCCUGGUCUGCAACGGUAUCCAGAACUGUGUUUACCCAUGGGAUGAGAAUCACUGCAAAGAGAAGAGGAAAGCCAGUAUCCUGGACACACUGGAUAACACAAACCUCACUAUCAUUGGAGUGACCUGCGGCCUGGUUGUCAUCCUGCUCAUCAUCUCUGUCAUCAUCCAGAUCAAACAGCCACGCAAGAAAUACAUCAUCCGCAGAGAUGACUUUGACCCUGCCCUCCUCCACCCUGGUUUUGAGCCUCCUCACUAUGAGCUCUGCACUCUGCGCCGCGCCCCCUCAGGUGACCUGACUGAUGCCGCCCUGGCUGAGGACUUUGAGAAGUUCCACAAGCUCCAACGUUCCUCCUCCAAAUGCAUCCGCGACCACCACUGUGGCUCUUACCAGGGGAGCGUGCAUGGCAGUGUCCACGGUAGCCGCAGCAAUCUGAGCAUGAGGGACGCUACCAUCGCGGCUGAUGGAGGGGCUCUUGUGCCGCCCCUGCCGCCAGUCAUGGUGAGCCAGCAGUCACCGCGCCUUUCCCACCACACCACACCAGCAGGUCGAAGGAGCAUCCUGGUGAUGAAGCAUAGCUACUCUCAGGAUGGGGCAGAGGGGUACAGGGCGGAGGUGGAUGAUGAUUUGAUGAGAGAUGAUGGUCCCACCACCAGCCAGCACCACAUGCACCACCAUCAGAUCCACCAUGGCACGCCAGGGCUGGACCAUGCUGUCCACCGUACACUGUCUAAUGACUUCUGAUAUAUGGCGACAUGGAAAUAAAGAAAAGAGACCAACACUUAAGUUAUUUAUCUGAUCAGGUUAAUAAAACCUUGACAUUUAAACUCCUUUUUAGAUAAGAUUUCGGUUUAACUAAUAGGAAUUAAAGGUCCAGCGUGCAGGAUUUAGGGGGAUAUAUAUUUACAGAAAUGGAAUAUAAUAUUCAUAAGUAUGUUUUCUUUAGUGUAUAAACACCUGAACACCUUAGAAUUGUUACACCUGUUACAUCUAGGAGCAGGUCCUCAUCCACGAAUAUCACCAUGUUGCACCGCCAUGUUCCGACAGUAUCUGAGAAUGAA